GAAAAAGAUACUUGUAAUGUGGAAUGAUAUUCGAGCUGAGUCAAAGUUGAAAUAAUGUUGGUUGUACUGUCAUGUCUGGUCCACUCCAGCUCAGCCCCUUCCGGGAUUCAACGAGUAUUGCCGCGUUCCAACACUUCCCGUGUAGGAAAACCUCGUCAGCCCAGUCGCCGUGAGAUUAGCAAAUCAAAAUAUAAUACAUUCAUUUUCGUUUACUUCUAUCAAAUCGUCCCGAGCUCCCCAUUUACCACGAGCAGAGGAAUAAAUGACCGGCCUGGUGGUCUAGUGGUAUGAUUGUCGCUUCGGGUCGCUUAUUCGCCCGAGAUAUUGUAUAUCUUGCAUGUGACAGGCCCCGGGUUCGAAUCCCGGCCAG